AUGAAGGAAGUGUUCGAAGAUAUGAUGGAUAAUAUACUGGAGGAUGGAUUUAAUGAUAAAGGACACUGUUCCGAGGCCGGCCAGGAAUGGGAAAAGGAAUUAUGUAAAUUAUUAUUAAGAAUAUUUCUUUGGAUAGAUGGAUUCGAGCAGCAUGUAGAACCUGGAGAACCAGGUAGCCUAAAGUACACCACUUGGAAAAAAAGGGAUGAUAGUGGGGUUACACCGGAACAGAGGGAUCUGCAACCUUAUUAUAGAUGUCUAUUAGGAAAUGUAACUAUUAUAAAAAUGUUAGGCAGGCACUGCAGUUUUAACACAGUAGCACCAGUAAUUGGGAGUAAGAGGGAAAGUGUGAGGCAAAGUUUUGGGGAUAUGAGUGAUGGAAAUGAAAUAUGUAAGGACGUGGAUGUCGGAAGUUUAAAUUUAGGUGGAAUGUUCAUGUGGGGGGAAAUUAAGAAAUGGAUAGAUGUCUAUGGGAGCACAGGGAACGAUGGUAAAAGAAUGUUAUCGACAGAAAUAAAGGGACACAACAAACUUCACAGAAUAAAGAACGAAGGACAAGCGGAGAAAUAUUGCCAUGGGAGGAAAAAAGAAAAAGAAAUUAAGAAGGAAACCUUGCAAAAAUUAAACAUAAAAGCAGACAACGAUGUAGAACUCUCUCUAGAGGAAGAGAAGGAGCCUUCAGUAGGGAGGAAGGCUUUAGAUGAAUUAGUUAGGCAGGUCAAGGAAGUAUUGCGUACCGCAGGAUUAGCAAGGAAGGAAGACCUAGAUGAAGAAGAAUUGAUGCAAAAGUUGAAGGAAGUUGUGAACGAAGCCAUUUACAAAGUUUUACCACCACAACAACAACAACAACAAGUGCAAGGAAAUGAAUGUAAAGGUGCCCUAUGUGAUCGCUUAAGCUGCAUAGCACACAAAUGGAAAAAUAUAAGAGGGCAUGGAACCUCCGUAAGGAUGAAUAUUUUUUAUUAUAAUUGA